AGAACGAUGGCUGGAUAUGCAGGGGCUACUCCGGACGAAGAAAGCCUCUACAGUGGAAAUAGAAUCCAACCUUUUGCCACCACGCCAAUGGCAGAGGCACUUAAGAACGAGGAAGGGAAGACUAAGCAAAUUACAUUGAGAGAAAUAUUGGGCUUAGAAGACCUUCUCUCCUUGACGGUAUGGAGAGCAUCAGUAGCAGAGCUAUUGGGAACAGCUGUUCUUGUUUUUGCUUUGGACACCAUAGUGAUUUCCACUAUUCAGACAGGGACAAACAUGCCCAACCUUAUACUGUCAACCCUUGUUGCCAUCAUUAUCACAAUUCUCCUACUAGCUACCUUUCCCAUUUCUGGUGGCCACAUCAAUCCUAUCAUCACCUUCGCUGCAUUCUUGACUGGCCUUAUUUCCCUCUCAAAAACUUUUAUCUACACAUUGGCCCAGUGCGUUGGUGCCAUUUUUGGUGCCCUAGCACUGAAAGCUGUGGUAAACAGCGAAAUUGAAAAAACCUUUUCACUCGGAGGCUGUACCCUCACAAUUGUUGCACCAGGGCCACAUGGGCCGACUGUGAUAGGCUUGGAGACAAGCCAGGCCCUUUGGCUGGAGAUAAUUUGUGGGUUUGUGUUUCUUUUUGCCUCAGUGUGGAUGGCCUUCGAUCAUCGCCAAGCCGAGGGCAUAGGCCGAGUUAGUGUUUUCAUCAUCGUGGGAAUAGUCUUAGGCCUUCUCGUGUUUGUUUCCACCACAGUCACUGCUACGAAAGGUUAUGCAGGGGCAGGGCUGAACCCAGCUAGGUGUUUGGGUCCGGCGAUUGUAAGAGGAGGUCAUCUUUGGAAUGGGCAUUGGGUGUUUUGGGUUGGACCAGCUAUUGCAUGCGUGGCCUUCGCCGUGUACACGAAGAUCAUUCCUCGCCAACUUGCCCACACCAUAGAAUAAAAGCAUUAAGCAGAAAUCUUUGUUUCAUGUUAUUUUUCAGAUGUUAAAUUUGAUUGUGAAUAUCUUCUGUAAUGAUUGAUGUAAUAAGAUCACCAUGUCCGACCUAUUAAGUCUAUUUAUUAUUAUGCUUGAUUCAAGAAUGAUCUCUCA